AGUAGACGGCGUGGCGGGGACUGCGACGACCUUAAGCGACCCGCGCUCCCGGCUGCAGACGCGGGCUUCGCCGCUGUCGCUUGCCGGUGCGGAGUCAUCGAUGGGGCGUCGGGAGAGCAGCCGCACCGCGGACUGACAGCGGAGCUGCGGUGCGCACAGAUUCGGCUGGCGAAAGUGAAUUCCACACAUUUGCAUGGGAGGGGCCUUCAUCAAAUGGACUGCAAGCCGAAGAAACGGAGAAUAUUCUGCAGUUAUACAUAUUGACAUUAAUAUCGAUAUUAUUAUUGAUGAUAAUAAUCAGCUGCUGGAUAGUAGCCUUUGUCAUAUAGAUAUAUAUUUUAUUACAACAAACUGAGCUAAUUACAGACCUGUUCGCCGUUUCAAACGAGGGAUUCACCGCAUCCGAAAAUUGUAUGCGUACAUUUUAUACAGAUGGAGUACAGACAGUGUUCUCCUGGGGGUCGGGACCAAAGGAAAAGCUGCAUCUGAUUGAUUUGAUUGAUUUGAGUCUGUAGGGCGCAUUUUCGGAGGCAUAUAGAAGCACAGAAUGUAUUUCGACAGUCUGAUUGCCUUGUGGAUUGCAAUGCUCUGCCUCUCGGGUGGGGUGCAGGCGGACAAGCCGGGGCCAGCCCCUGCGGAGCCGAGCCGUGCCGACGGUGAGCUGUCGGAGCUAUGCCGCAUCAAUGGGGCUCUGUGUAAGGAUGAUAAUGCCAUCCUGAGCUUUGAGGCCAUACGCAGCAUCCACAAGCAGAUGGACGACGACGCAAACGGCAAUGUGGAUGUGGCCGAGACCGACGGGUUCCUCAGGGAGGACCUGAACUACCACGACCCCAAAGCCAAGCACAACAGCUUCCACGGGGCUGACCUGCUCAUCAGCGUGGAGGACAUGUGGAACGCCUGGACGUCUUCAGCAGUGUACAACUGGACGGUGGAGGAGGUGGUGGAGUGGCUCAUCAAGUACGUGGAGCUGCCCCAGUAUGCAGACGCCCUGAGGAAGACCAACAUCAACGGCAGUGCCAUGCCUCGGCUGGCCGUGAAGAACGUCACCUUCACUGUGUCCCUGCUGAAGAUCCUGGAUCGCAGCCACACACAGAAGCUUCAGCUGAAGGCGCUGGACACGGUCCUGUUCGGACCCCCUCAGAUGAACCCAGACAGCCACCUGAAGGACUUCAUGCUGGUGGUGUCCAUCGUCAUCGGCGUGGGCGGCUGCUGGUUCGCCUAUAUCCAGAAUCGCUACUCAAGGGAGCACAUGAGCAAGAUGAUGAAGGAUCUGGAGAGCCUGCAGAGGGCAGAGCAGAGCUUGCUUGACCUGCAGCAGAAACUACAGAGAGCACAGGAGGAUCACCGCACAGUAGAGGUAGAGAAGGUAAACCUGGAGCAAAAGCUAAGGGAGACGGCGAAGCAGGAGGCCCAGCGGCUGAAGAUGCUGCGGGAGGGAACGGAGAACGAACUGAGCCGACAGAAGUACGCCGAGGAGGAGCUGGAGCAGGUCCGCAUGGCCCUGAAGAAGGCAGAGAAAGAGCUGGAGUCCAGGGGCAACUGGUCCCCGCCGGAGCCUCUCCAGAAAUGGCUGCAGUUGACACAUGAGGUGGAGGUGCAGUACUACAACAUCAAGAAGCUGAACGCUGAACGCCAGCUGCUGGUGGCCAAGGAGGGGGCUGAAAAGAUCAAGAAGAAGAGGAACACGAUCUUCGGGACGUUCAGCGUGGCGCACAGUUCCUCGCUGGACGACGUGGACCACAAGAUCCUCACAGCUAAACAGGCGCUCGGCGAGGUGACGGCAGCGCUGAGGGAGAAGCUCCAUCGCUGGCAGCAGAUCGAGCACCUGACCGGCUUCUCCAUCGUGAGCAACCCCGGCCUGCCCUCGCUGGCCUCUGCACUUAACCUGGACCCCAGCUUCGUGGGUGGCACGGGGCGGGCCGUGCCAUCACACCUCAUAGUCUCCGACGAUGUCGACGACAUGGACGAGGACAUCAUUUCGCCUGGCACGCUGCAAUACGCUGCCUGGCAGAUGAACCGUCAAGUGAGCGACUUGUGGCCAGCGAGUGUCGACUUCUCCUCCCAAUGGAAGCAUUCCGCUCCCAGUAUGAUGUCGCUGCGGCAGCGCCACCUGGACCUCCAGCUGGGGGCGAGCUCACAGAGGUUUGUAGAGGGUGGCUCUGCGGCAGGGCAGCAGGAGGAUGGUGGCUGUGCCGCCGGUUCCCGCCGGACGCACUCGCGACCCUGGACCUGGGGGGCGCGCAGGCACUCCAUGGGACACCUCGAGUUCCGCCCCCCAUCCCCACUCUCCUCGUCGGUCUCCCACCCGUCGAUUAUCUGCCCCUCUCCUCUUCCAUCUCCUCCCCCUCGAUCUUCUGCUCAGCAUCCUUCCUGCACUCCCGGUCACAUCUCUCAUUUCCUGCCAUGCGGCCUCCCGCCUGCAGAUGGCGAUGCUCUGCGGUCUAGGCAGUCCAGUUGUGGGGAGCUGAACCGAUCCGAUUCGGACUCCUCCCUGUGCUUGACUAAGGCCACCGAGCAGCAGCGCCUGACAGCGUCCUACGGCUCCAAGGGUCACCCCCUGCGUGGUACGUCCCAGACACACCCCUCUCAUGGCCACACCCCCAAUGGAGGGAGCCGCCCAAUCCCGGAGGGUGAGGCCUGGUUGGAGGGUGAUGCUGACGGCCCACUGAUGAUGAAGAGGGUUUAUGGUGGCAUGGAGAAGUCUGCCAGCCUCGGGGAGAUCAGCAGCGGUGUGACGCGACUCUCGUCCUCCGAGUCCUCCCGCUCGCUCACCCCCGCAUCCACUGAUCCAGACACGCCCUCCCCCAUUGCUGGGCAGAUUGGUAUUAUCGGGGGCAGGGCAGGGAGCCGCACACCUCAGUUCUCCUCCAAGAAGAGCCCCCUAGAGGAGGACAGCGGUUCUACAGGGGAGGAGACGGACUCCAGUGGCAACCGCAAGAAACAUACAUUCAAGAUCUUCAAGAAGCAGAGAAAGUAAGAAGAGCCUAAAUGACCUUCCUAAAAAGGGGCGCGUGGACUUUAGGGCUAUGUUCUGUUUCCAUAUGAUCUCUCUGGUUACAGAGUUUCAGAGCUGAAAGAUCCUUCAUCGCUGUGAACCUGUGAGAGCGAUUCACUGUUUAAUGAUGUUUUUGUUUUAGGGGGGUGGAGGGGUUGCAUUUAUUUGUCAUGAGCUAAGAAUUGCACUGGGAUGGGGGGAGGAUUCCGAUGCAUAUUUAUCCUGCGGGCAACAAUGCCAACGUCCAGGAGGGAUUUACGGUGCCUGGCUGCCGCUCCGGCUUCACCGGAUCUUCGUCGUCGUUUGGUUUCCUCUUCGCACGUGUCUGCUGUCGUCCAGCCGUCGAUGUGGCUCCUUGAACGUCUCCUUCGCUAAUCUCAGCUAAGCUGCUCAGCAUGUGCUAAAUGCAAGGAUUUCCUUCUUUUCUAAUGGCUUUCACCCCCCCACCCCCAUUCAAGCAGGAGUUGAGCAGCCUGACCCAGAAGAAGGAGGAACAUCAGAAUACCUGUGUUAGAAAAAUGAAAAAGGGCUGAAUGACAUUUAGCACGUUCCACUGAGCCAGCGCUGGACCGUGACUUUGAUCAUGAAGUGUGUAUACACACACACACACACACACACACACACACACACAAUAACAGGCAAUCGAGUUACUGGAUGCUGCAAAUAAAACAAACAGAUGGUUUUGUCCCUCUGGACGAAAUAAAACAUUGCUAUUACCUCCUGAGUGUCUAACGCAGCUCCACUCAUGGGAGAUGGGCUUCAGUCAUCCCUCUACUCUUGCAUCAUCUAUGCAUGUCUGACAAAAAAAAAAAAUCUUGGAGACAUUCAGACUGGUAUACUGUGUCAGGAAAUCUGGGAAAAAACUUUUAAAAUUUCUUUUGACCAUCAAAAAACCUGUCAGUAUGACAUUAAGUAUAUGGAAUUUAAACAUUUUAUAAUGUAUUUAUUGUCAAAUAUCUUGUUUUUUAAUGUAUAUAUUGUGUUAUAGUUGCUUAUAAAGUGUUAAAAUAUAAUGCAGCUUAAGUGAAAUCCAAAAUAAUAUAUGCAUUUUUCAUAUUUCCAUCCAGUUUAAAAAGAAAAUAAAAAAUCUUGUAUAUGUCUCCAAAUGAACGUUUUGAAAUAGCAGUUACAUCACUGCAUCUAUUCAUUAGGAGGUCAUUUAAUGCUGGGCUUUUAAGAACAACUAUUAUUGUCAUAAAUGUGAGUUUAAAGGCUCAUGAAUCGUCAGCAAAUGUUUAAGAUUUCAGGAGCUCAGAACAAAAAGGAAUGUCGGAGCCGAAAUAAAUCGGAAUAUGUUCCUCCCCACCCUUAAAGCUGAUUGGCUCAAAUCAGAAUACUUUUCUCCCCAUUCUUAUAGCUGAUUGGCUCAAAUCAGAAUACUUUUUUCCUCAUCCACGAAGCUGACUGGGUCAAUGCAGUGUGUCAUUGGCAGUCUGGUCUUGUAACUGUCCCCUCUUUUCUCUAUCCUGGGGGCCCAAUGGGAAGUGGCACCUUGGUGCUUCUGUCAUCUUGUAUCUCCUGAAUGUCAUUCAGCAGUGCCUCUAGCGGUGAGCUUGGAUGAGGUCAUGAAGCGUGGCAUGUUUUUCUAGAGCCCUGAUUUCACCUUCUUCACCCGUUGCCGUGGUGUCAGGGUAGGAGGCCUGUCACCUGACAAUUCUGAGCCCAAUGUGUAGACUGGGUCCUGCUCCUGCCCCCAUCUUAAACCCUGGGGUUUCACCUCCACUGUGCACCUCUCCACCACUGUGGAACCACUUCUGUGUUUGUCCUUCACAACUUCGGCCACCGGAUGCCUGGAACUCACCCACAGUACAACACUGGACAUUCAGCACGGUUCCUCAAAAAUGGGGUGGUGCUGAUGACCAAAGAAUCUGAGCUUCUGACUUUGACCCGAUUCCUUUCUGGACAUCAGCAGCGGUGCAGUGCGGCCAGUUUUGUGAGCUCUGUGAGAUGCUUUGCAAAAAGGCAAUUAGCAGGAAACGAGUGUCAGAUCAUGGCGUGAGAUUGAUAAAUGUUAAAUCCAAAGAGGCCAGUAAUCGUAUUGUUAUUGUGCCUUUGGAGUUGGACGAGUUCCCCUGGACAACAUAUCUGGGUGACGUCUUUGCUGUCGUCUUGGGUUGCCACGCUGGGAAGUCAUUUUUUUUGUUUGUUUUUGUAAAACUAUGUUUAAGGUUGCCAGUUUCUAAUCUGUCUCGAAACAUAUUUUUUGCACGGAGAAGCUUUAAACGGCUAACACUGUCAGGCGGCUUUCGCCCGGCUCUGUCUGAAUUGUGUCGUUCUGUGUUUUGAUGCAUGUUCCCUGAAGCAGAGCCGGAACAAAGGCUGGAGGAGGGAGGUCAUGCUUUGUAUCAGACUCCUUUGCUCCAGCCCAGACAUGCCUUCCUCCCUGCCUGCUACCUCCCUUUUUUCUGCUUCUGAAAGCACUCUGCCUUUGUAUGAAAUGCAUCUCUGGUCAUGUUUUGGACUCUCUGUUGUUUAACAGACCCCUGCAUGAGAGCAAUAAAUUAUUUUGAACAAA